GUUGCAACUGGCAACCUGAAACAUAUGAAAUAGGGUAAAAUGUAGGGAGAUCAAAUUGCAUGACUAUUGAUCUACCUGCUUUCAUGCUCAGUGGGAUUUUCAGCUAUGAUAUUUGUGGUUGAUUCACUCUAGGCUUUAUUUUUUAAAUAUUGGCCCUCGGUUUUUAUUAACAUGAGUAUGUGGACGAGGAUGAGUGUUUGUGUCUUCUUUAGUGGUUUCUGGUGCUCUGGCGGACUGGUUGAGACAACUCUUGCAAUAUUUUCCCCAAUUACAACAUUACCAUUCUGAAUUUCUGAUACAGAGUUUCAUUCUAAUUAUGAACUGUUGAUAGAUUUAUUUGUACUGCCAUAAACUUCUUUUUUCAGAUUCCUGCCUUGUCAUUUUGCUAGGAGUUUAUUCAUCUUUUGUAUAGAAAACAUGAUAGGUCAUGGUGGCCCCAGUCGGAUGCAGUCGUGCGUGCACAUGUUGAUGGAACCUUGAGAAUGAUCUCAAAACAUCUAAUAAAAUUUGGAUGUACACUUUAAUUUUCAUGUUUUAAUUAAUCAUUUCCUAAUUUUCUUGGUUAGAAUGAUUUUAUUGAGAAUUUGGUUUUGUUGAUUCUUGCAAUGGAAAUGCUAUAUGGACUCUUUCUCCAACAUGUUUUAUGCUUAUUAUUUGUCAAAUGCGUGAGUCUUUGUUAAAUUGAAUGAAUUGGUUUCAUUUAAAGAUCAGGACUGGAAUCAAAGCAGAGUUGUACUCUUUCUUUUGUUGUGGUAUGAAUUGCAGAUCUUAAUCUUAUAAUACCUUUGAUCAUGAUAUUGCAAUUGUGUUGAACUCGUGGAAUGGGAUAUAAGUGUGCGUCAAAUCAACUCACUCUUCUUUGGUAUAACAUUUUAACGAUUCUAAUUGAUGUGCAAGUUGUAAUUGUUGAAUGUUUGUAGUUUGGCCUUAUCAGCAGCACUAACGAGUAUAGCCCAUAGAAUUGGUCGUGGUUUGGUGAUAUAUUGUGCUCAUUAACCUUGUAGGAUUGGUAAUAAUGUCUGUAUCCUUGAUUUUGUCAUUUUUACAGUCAUGUUACACAUACUUAUCCUAUAAAAAAAAAAAUCCAUUUAGCAUUAGCCAAGUAUAGGUUCCAAAAAAAACAAGAGAUAUUAGGAUUAACUCUCAAGGAUUUAAAGCAAUUUGAGUACAAAAAAUCAAAUGAGCAUUGUCUCUUGUGUGCUAGAGCAAGGAGUUAUAUUGUGAUUGUAGGAUUGAUAUAAUGCCUGUAACCUUGUAGGUGAGUAAUAUUUAUUACUCGGGGGUUUUAGGGAGCUGUAGUAUAUUUCUUUCUCCAUUUUUCCAUGGUGUGAAAUGGUUUGGCAGUCAAUGUUUUUGCAACACUAUAAUUGCCGUCGAGCUUCUCUCCUAAACAAGUGAAUUAUUUAUGAUUUGGGUUGUUGGGCAAUAAACAGAACCUAAAAUGAUGGAUUGCGUUCAAAUCUUGGACCUAGUAAAAUUGUAUUUUCAUGCCUUUGGUCCACAAAAGCUGAUGAAGGUGGUGCAUUCAUGGUGUGUGAAAUGGGGGUCAUUGAACUUGUCUCAGUAGCAUGGAGAUAAGCCAAUGCACGACGUUUGAGAAUUCCACUUACGUGGUUUUUACCCUGCCUCGUUAUUGCGUCCCUGUGAUAAUGCCUUUGAUGGUUUGAUUUCAGACUUUUUGCCGGAUCACUACAUAAACAGAUUCUUCAAUUUUUUUUUUUUUUCUGUGAAUUUCUGAAAAUUUUGAGAACAAAAUGAGACUGACGAGAUCCCUUCUUCCUUUCCUGGUAGUCAACAGUCGGUCUAGCACCGUAUCAAAAUCCACAUGAUUAUCCUUCUUCAACCCCAAUUGUCGUCGCUGUAUUUGUCUCCUUGAUUUAAAGCAAUCAAUUUUGUACUCUAUUUGAACUUAGUGGGCUAGUGAGUUUAGCUUUAUAAAAUCCAGUAAGACGUGGUCCCAUGAAAUAUAGCCGUUACAGUAAGAACGUUCACCCGCCUUCCAUACUUCUAACGGUUUUAUGGAAUGGAAGUAAAACUAGCCGUUAGAAUUUAUCUAAAGAAGAAGACCCCCAUCUGUACUGACUUUGUCUAGCGCAUCAAGAUUCCUCUCUCUUUCCCUUUUUAUUUCUCCUCACUUGGCUUUACUCUCUCUAUCUCCUGUCUACCUUCUUCAUCUUUCUCCUCUUCUGCAUCCACAAGGAAAAGAGGAGUACAUCUCUUCUCCUUCCUUUUCUCUCCCUCUUACUGUUGUUUCUCUUGCAUUUUCAUGGAAAAUACUUAUUAUUUCAAUGAAUCUAACCCAUACAUGUUCCGGUCUUGGCUUCAAGAUAAUAUUUCAGAUUCACAAACGGACAAAUGGAAGAUAAAACCACACAAGAAUUUUAUAUCCACUUUUGCGUUUAGAAACAAGCUCUUCCUCUUUGCCCACUUGUUUCUGUUUCUGCUACCACUUGCAUCUCAGCUUGUUUCAGCCCAACACUGGGAUGGGGUAAUUGUAACCCAAGCUGAUUAUCAAGCUCUUCAAGCCAUUAAACGUGAACUCAUCGACUUCAAAGGAUUCCUACGCAGCUGGAAUGAUAGCGGCCAGGGAGCUUGCUCGGGUAUGUGGGCUGGAAUCAAGUGUGCUAAGGGACAGAUCAUUGCUAUCCAGCUUCCUUGGAGGGGACUAGGUGGCCACAUUUCCGAGAAGAUUGGUCAGCUUCAAGCUCUUAGGAAGCUUAGCCUCCAUGAUAAUGUUCUUGGUGGUCCAGUCCCUUGGUCCCUUGGGUUUCUUCCUAAUCUCAGAGGGGUAUAUCUCUUCAACAACCGGCUUUCAGGUUCCAUCCCUCCUUCUGUUGGUAACUGUCCUGCUCUUCAAACUCUUGAUUUGAGUAACAAUUCACUCACCGGUACAAUUCCUACUAGUCUUGCCAACUCUACUAGGUUAUAUAGACUUAACUUUAGCUACAAUUCUUUGCUGGGUUCCAUCCCAGUUCGUUUCACCAGGUCACCGUCUCUCACCAUUCUUGCUUUACAACAUAACAAUCUUUCUGGUUCUGUCCCAGAUACUUGGGUUGGAACAGGAAACAAUUCUUACCAACUUCAGUUCUUGACCCUUGAUCAUAACUCCCUCACUGGAACAAUUCCAGUUUCUCUGAGCAAGUUGAAUUUACUUAAACAGAUUUCUUUAAGCCAUAAUCAGAUUUCUGGGACCAUACCUGAUGAACUGGGGACACUAUCAAAACUCCAGAUCCUAGACUUAUCAGGCAAUGCUAUCAAUGGGAGCUUUCCUUCUAGCUUUUCCAACCUCUUCUCUCUUGUUUCUUUAAAUCUAGAGGGCAAUCACCUUGAUAACCAAAUCCCAGAAACAUUGGACAAUCUGCAAAACCUUACAGUGCUCAACCUUAAAAAUAAUAGAUUAAGUGGCCGGAUCCCAGCAACUGUAGGCAACAUAUCUGGCAUCAAUCAAUUAGAUUUAUCUGGAAAUAAUUUUACAGGAGAAAUACCGGAUUCACUUGCCAGCCUAACCAAUCUUAGUCAUUUUAAUGUUUCUUACAACAAUCUCUCUGGUGCUGUCCCAUCUCUCCUUGCCAAAAAAUUCAAUUCAAGCUCUUUUGUGGGCAAUCUUCAGCUCUGUGGCUACAGCACAUCAACCUUAUGUCCUUCUCCCGCCCCUUUCAAUCUUUCUCCUUCACCAGCAGAGGCACCCAAACAUCAUCACAGAAAACUUAGUACUAAGGACAUCAUCCUCAUAGCAGCCGGUGGCCUUCUUGUGAUUCUAUUAAUAUUAUGCUGCAUUUUAAUCUGCUGCUUACUGAAGAAAAAAGCUACUAGGAAACAAAAGAGUGGUAAAAUGGGGGCUGCCAUUGGGAAAACUGAGAAGGCAGUUCCUGUGGCAGGCACUGGAGAACAAUCAGGAGGAGAAAUGGGUGGAAAAUUAGUCCACUUUGAUGGUCCAUUUGUCUUUACAGCUGAUGAUCUACUAUGCGCCACUGCUGAGAUAAUGGGGAAGAGCACUUAUGGUACAGUGUACAAGGCAACUUUAGAAGAUGGUAAUCAAGUUGCUGUGAAGAGGUUGAGGGAGAAGACUACAAAGGGACAGCGGGAAUUUGAGACUGAGGCUGCUGCACUUGGAAAGAUCCGCCAUCCAAACCUCCUUGCACUUAGGGCCUAUUACUUGGGACCCAAAGGAGAGAAGCUUCUUGUAUUUGAUUACAUGCCCAAGGGAAGUCUUGCAUCUUUUCUCCACGCUCGAGGGCCCGAAACCACCAUUGAUUGGCCAACAAGGAUGAAAAUAGCAAUUGGAGUUACACGAGGAUUGAACCACCUACACACUCAAGAAAAUAUUAUUCAUGGAAACCUCACAUCCAGUAACAUACUACUUGACGAGCAAGCCAAUGGCCAUAUUGCAGAUUUUGGCCUUUCUCGGCUAAUGACUUCUGCGGCCAACACAAAUGUAAUUGCUACUGCAGGAACACUUGGCUAUCGAGCACCAGAACUGUCAAAGCUGAAGAAUGCCAGCACAAAGACUGAUGUCUACAGCCUCGGGGUGAUCAUACUGGAACUUCUUACAGGGAAAUCCCCAGGUGAACCAACGAAUGGCAUGGACUUGCCCCAGUGGGUGGCAUCCAUUGUAAAAGAGGAAUGGACUAAUGAAGUCUUUGAUUUGGAGCUCAUGCGAGAUACACCAACCACAAAUGAUGAGUUGCUUAACACAUUGAAAUUAGCUCUUCACUGCGUUGAUCCCUCACCUGCAGCACGUCCUGAAGUUCAGCAUGUUCUGCAGCAGUUAGAAGAGAUUAAGCCAGAGGUGGCUGCUGGUGGUUCUGGUGAUGAUGGAGCUAAAGUUCCAGCGACAAGUGAAUAGAGUAUCUUCAUUAUUUUAAGGGGUUUAAACUUGAAAUUCCAUUAUAGGGGAAAGAUGGGUUAGUCAACAGAUUCUUUGAUUCUUAUUUGUAUUUGUUGUUUUGUAUAUGUAAUAUAAGUUGUUUAGAACGGGUAUAUUCUUUUUUGUCUAAGAAAAUAAGAGAGCAAAAUGCAUAUGAUAUUUAUUUCCAUUAUAGGGAAAUCGAGCUAUGGUUUGCCUUUCCUGCCCAUGUUGUUCACUAUAACCCUUUUGAUCUUGAUGAUAUGAUGAUUUUUAUUGAGGGUCAUAGAUAGUGAUUUCCCUCUUAAGUUCUUUUAAUUUGAUACCAUAAAUAACUUUGGUAUCAGACUAUCAGUCUCUGCUGUAAAUUCAAUUGUAGCCUAAAUGUCGUGGUUUCAAUUUAAUUUUUAUUGUUAUAGACAGCAGCAAAAGUGCGGCUCUCAAUGUUUAAGCCCAAUGGACCAACACUUCCUUCAUUUGCUAGGAAAGGCCCAAGUAACAAACGCUGCCGCUCUUUUAGUUUACCGAAGUGAAGACUGAAGCGCAUCCCGGCAGCCCCUACCCAUCUGGCUCACUCUCUGUUGCUCUCACCAUUUUCACGACAUGGACGAUCUGGUAUUGCAGAAAAUAGCAAUAUCAGGCCCCACAAUGGCCUCCAUGAUCCAAUGCCUCUCAUCCUCCCCUGCCGACGUGGACGGUCUCCUCUUCGGCCACGUCACUUACAUCGCACCUUCCACCCUAUCCGACGAUUACGCCCAGACUUCCCCCGAUUCGCAACUCGUCGCCACAAUCUCCAGCUUCCUCUCCUUCCCUUCACUUCUCUCCUUCUACGACUCACUCGGUCGGGUCGACUCCUCUCGACUCUUCCCUACUCACCUCAACCACAAUCCCCUCAUCGGCUGGUUCUCCUCUCGCCGGAAAACCCCCCUCCGCCCUUCCAUGCGCGAGUCCUCGGUCGCUCGUUCUCUCUCCUCUCUACCCAAUCUCUCUCUCCCAAUCCAAAACGCUGAUUUCAAUUCCCUUUUCGCUCCUUGCAUUUUCCUCCUCUUCACCACUCCUCUACAAGACCAAUUCAUCCAAACCAACCAGUAUCGGGCCUUCCAGUUCCAAUCAUCGAAGCUCUGUUUUAACCCGGUAUCAAUCGAUAUAGUGAACAUUGGGCCUGCGUUUAGAGGACAUUACGGGUCGUUUAGCCCGACCUCUGCGCUGCCCUUUUUGAACUGCGAGUUGAGGAGGGUAAUGGCGAUGAAUGAAGAUAGAAAUGAGGAGAAUUUAAUUGGAAUGAAACAAACAGCAAAGGAUCAAUCGGAGUUGGAUAUGUGCGCCGAGGGAAUGCAAAUUGGGAGAUUGAACAGGUUGAUUGGACCGGAAGCAGUUAAUUACACGGCUGGAUUAGAGGAUUUGUAUGAGAAAAUGCUUUCAAAAAUCAAAAGUUUGGCCAGGCUCGUUGAAGCCAGCUCAGCUAAGGUUCUUGAACAGGAAAAUCAUAAUAGGAAGUUAAGGUACAAAGUUGCUAGGUCUGCUGGAGUUGAAUAAUUGCUUCCUGUCGUUUUUCAUGCCAGGUUGAUUUUUCUUUUGGUCAUGUUCCAAAUGAAAGUAGCACCAAGUAUAGCAGAACACGGUUUGUUUCCCCAUUAAAUGUUUGAUAGAUAGUGCUGUUACUUUCUAUGAAGGUUCAUCUUAUUUUAGCGAAUGUCAGUGGUGUCUAAUUUUUAUCCUUGCCAUUUUGUGAAUGCUGAAUAAUUUGUGGUAUUUACUAUUUGGAGAAACUAGUUCCUUCUGCUUUUAGUGCCUUUUAUGUUUGUCCGUUGCAUUAGUAUGAAAAUUGUGUAAUAUGGCUUUAUAAAACAAAAACUAAUAUAAGAAGGGAAUGAUAAAGAUUCUCAGUAUUUAGGUGUAACAUACAGAAUGGUGAUGUUGAGUUGCCUUGUCUUCAGGAAAGCUCCAGGAAGUGAGGGUAAAGGAUUGUAUAGGGAAUAGUUUAGAGCUGCAUGACAUGUGCUUUUGGAAGGGUUUUAUAGCUCUUACCUGAAAUCAGUUUGCAAAUGCAGAGAGCACACAAAAUGUUGUGUUAUUCUGAGCAUUACAGUUCACAUGCAUGUGAGAUUUUUCAUCUAUGUUACAGAAAUUUGAUUCUGUUUCUCCUCAAUGGAUAAGAAAAAUUGUGAUGGUUAAAAAGGCAAAAUUCUUAUUAUGUUUAUGUUGCAACCUGGUUAAGGGUGUUAUGGACUUUUUUUGAAUAAUUUUAAUCAAAUUAAAGGCUUUACCAGCAUCAAAACUUUAUAUUAAGAUGUAGUGACUAAGAACAUUAGCUUUAUAUGCAGAUGUACUAACCAAGAGCAUUAGUUACCUAUCAUCUUGCUGAAGUUUCUUCUGGGGGUUCCACCCUUUAGUAGUUUCACUAUGUACUCAGGUUUAACUAAUUAAGGAAUUUGGAGAAAGUUUGUGACUAACAUCUUGGCGCAUACAAUCACUUUGUUUUUUUAUGCUUUGUAUAAUUAAUUGUGCAUGUGAUAUACUUUGGAGCCUAUUGACUCUUCAUAAGUUGAUAGGCAGAUUUCAUUGGGAAAAAAUCCAAAUAAAAAAGAAGUGAAUAAAAAAAAAAUGGUUUCACCAUAUUUGAUUUCCUU